CGCGCGGUUGAUCUCGCUUAACAUGGCUGGAGUUUCCGAAUGGUGAAGAAUGCAGUGGUUGCAUACUUAAUAAUGUGUCAUUAGGUGAACUGAAAACGGACACCAGCAUUUUAACCAAAUGAACCGACUCCAUAGGUCACGCAUCGAUACAAAGGAAAAACUCAACACGUACAUUAGCGGAAUCAGUCGAGAAUACAAUGCGAUAAUUAAUCCAAAAUAGAACAGAACUCGCAAAGAAAGAAAAUCAAAGACUGCGUGUGCGACUAAGUGUAGCGAUUCAGUUUCCUAAAUGUACACAGAAACUAUGUUAUACUAAAGUACUCACGUGUGACCAACUGUCAUGUGAGGGUAAGGGCGUCAAGCAUGUUCUCAGACAAUAGAGCCUCCAAGGCUCCAACUGGUGAAUUUCUUUCCUAAUGCUUCCCUCAGCGAAACCGACAGGGGUCAGACGAUCGGGGAAUUUUCACAGUCGACGAGUCCUUAUCAUUCUACUGCCCUGUUUGGUCUUUAAAAGGCUUGAUUCCCAUUUGGGAAAUUGAAAUGGUCAAAUUGGGGGAUCUCCAAUGCAGCUUGCAAAAGCAAACUUGCCAAAAGCACAAGGCCAUCAGCGAUUUUGCUUGCCUUAUUCUACGUCAUGGAGUCAAAUGAGUCAGGGGCACAAGAAUCAAGCAUCCUUAAAAAUCGACCCCAAUUACUGCAGAUCACCAUGGAUGGCAUCAAAUCUGCAUCAAUCUUCUAAAACUAGGAUGACAGUAAAGAGGGUUCCUCUCAUUUGCAUCAGAAUCGUGGCCACCAGCUGUAUCAAACAGAUGUGUCGCCCUCAAAUGGAAAUCCGUCCAAACCAAGUCAUUGGGUUGGAGUUUUAUUUCCAUACUCGUAUAAUUCAUCGACUGGGCUUCCUAGGAUAGAACAACCCAUUGGGCAUACAUAACCCUCCUUCAUCUGUUUAUCUCAGUGCUUUAUUUUCCUCAUCCUCCUCCGGUGAAGUUCUGCCAGCGAUUCGUGUCGUUCCGAUGGGGAGUCAGGGCAGCGACGGCGAUGUCGACAAACAGAAGCAGAAGGAAAUCGACAAUUGGCUUCCAAUCACGUCUUCCAGGAAUGCGAAAUGGUGGUACUCGACCUUUCAUAAUGUCACUGCCAUGGUUGGAGCUGGUGUCCUCAGUCUCCCUUAUGCUAUGUCAGCGCUUGGAUGGGGUCCUGGUGUGGUAAUAUUGGUACUUUCAUGGGUCAUCACGCUGUACACCCUGUGGCAAAUGGUGGAGAUGCACGAGAUGGUCCCCGGGAAGCGGUUUGACAGGUACCACGAGCUUGGUCAGUACGCGUUUGGCGAGAAGCUCGGCCUCUAUAUCGUGGUCCCUCAGCAGCUGGUUGUCGAGGUUGGUGUCGACAUUGUGUACAUGGUCACCGGAGGGAAAUCGCUGCAGAAGAUUUACAACUUGGCCCAACCGAAUGGCAAACCUCUCAAGACUACAUAUUUCAUCAUGAUCUUCGCUUCAUGUCAUUUUGUUCUCGCUCAUCUCCCAAAUUUUAACGCCAUAUCCAUGGUUUCUUUGGCAGCAGCCGUCAUGUCCUUAAGCUACUCUACUAUUGCUUGGGCGGCCUCCGUCCACAAGGGCAUCGAAAAGAACGUUGAAUACGGCUCUCGAGCCUCCACCACCCCCGCAAAAGUAUUCAACUUCCUCAGUGCCCUAGGCGAUGUUGCAUUUGCAUACGCGGGCCACAAUGUGGUGUUGGAGAUCCAAGCCACCAUCCCUUCGACCCCGGCGAAGCCGUCCAAGGGCCCAAUGUGGAGAGGAGUGGUGUUCGCCUACAUUGUCGUGGCAAUGUGUUACUUUCCUGUUGCACUGGUCGGGUACUGGGUGUAUGGGAAUAAGGUCGAGGACAAUAUUCUCAUUUCGCUCGAAAAGCCAACGUGGUUGAUCAUCAUGGCCAAUGCAUUCGUCGUCAUCCACGUCAUUGGUAGCUACCAGCUCUAUGCAAUGCCAGUGUUUGACAUGAUAGAGACUGUCCUGGUGAAGAAACUCCAUUUCAAGCCCUCAACAAUGCUUCGUUUCGUAUCACGCAAUCUAUACGUGGCUUUCACCAUGUUUGUGGCCAUCACCUUCCCUUUCUUCGGAGGUCUCCUGGGAUUCUUCGGAGGGUUUGCUUUCGCCCCGACAACAUAUUUCCUACCGUGCGUCAUGUGGCUGGCUAUCUACAAGCCCAGAAGGUUUAGUAUGUCCUGGUUCGCCAACUGUAUAUGCAUCAUACUGGGUGUCCUCCUGGUGAUUCUAGCACCGAUCGGAGCGCUAAGGUCGAUCAUAUUAAGCGCAAAGACCUACAAAUUCUACUCUUAGGAUGGAGUCUCCUCCAACUGAAGACUUGUCUUUGCAGUUCGCACACAUCUAGUUACUUUUUAUGUUUUAUUAUGUGUCUAUUUGCAAGCCGCCCUGCCCGGCAUAUCUUUAAACAUGAUUAUAUUGCUGCUUCGUUCCAAUCGUCGUAUAAAUUAAAUAAAUGGCUACGCCAGGUUUAUAAUUGUUUAUCCUACUCAGCAUCGAGUAUAUCCGACUACAGACGGUCGGUCUGAUAAAUGGUCUUUGACAGUGAACUGUUACUUGCCAUUGCAGUCAAUAACCCGCGAAUGUUAGAAAGAUCGACCCAACGUGACCCCAACCAUUUUCCCCUUGGGAACAGCACGUCCUACCCAAUCUAGUUUUGUUGGACAAGUUUCCCAGAAUUUCUCUAUUGACUGGUGAACAUGAAUCACUUCUAGACACAGGCUAUAGCUGACCUUCCUCGCCCCACGGUCAGUUCUAAAGGACCGUGGAACUUCAUCAUUUCUGAACUUUGUUUGGUAUAAUGUCAAAAUGGAUGCAGCAGCCAGAACUCUGAUUAGAUGUCUCCCUUU